AUGGCAGGAGCAACAUCAAGUAUAAUUCGGGAAAAUGAUUUUGAGGACGAGCUUGCGGAGAGUAUGCAGUCAUAUAAUAGAGAAACUGCAGACAAAUUGGCUUUGACUAGGACCGAGAGUGUAAAGCCAGAACCGGAGAUAACCGCUCCGCCUCACUCACGCUUUUCCCGUUCUUUCAAGACAGUUUUAAUAGCUCAGUGCGCUUUCACUGGGUUUUUCUCCACAAUAGCAGGUGCCAUCUACUAUCCAGUUCUGAGCGUUAUAGAAAGAAAAUUCGAUAUUGACGAGGAAUUGGUGAAUGUCACUGUUGUAGUAUAUUUUGUAUUUCAGGGUCUUGCCCCCACAUUCAUGGGCGGGUUUGCCGAUUCACUGGGCAGGAGACCGGUGGUGCUUGUCGCAAUCGUCAUUUAUUUUGGUGCCUGCAUCGGUCUUGCUUGUGCUCAAACGUAUGCUCAGAUCAUUGUGCUAAGAUGUCUACAAGCCGCCGGUAUUUCACCCGUGAUUGCGAUUAACAGCGGAAUAAUGGGAGAUGUUACUACUAGAGCCGAGCGCGGCGGGUACGUUGGAUAUGUUGCUGGAUUUCAAGUUCUAGGUUCUGCGUUCGGAGCCCUUAUCGGUGCCGGAUUAUCAUCUAGAUGGGGAUGGAGAGCCAUCUUUUGGUUCUUAGCAAUUGGAUCUGGCAUUUGCUUCCUAGCCUCGUUUUUAAUUUUGCCAGAAACAAAGAGGAACAUAUCCGGGAAUGGUUCUGUCACCCCAAAAUCAUACUUAAAUAGAGCUCCCAUUCUUGUUUUGCCAACAGUAAGAAAAUCAUUGCAUUUGGAUAAUCCAGAUUACGAAACAUUGGAACUGCCCACGCAACUAAAUCUACUGGCGCCCUUCAAGAUUUUGAAAGCUUAUGAAAUUUGUAUACUUAUGCUAGUCGCUGGAUUACAAUUUGCCAUGUAUACUACGCACCUUACGGCGUUAUCCACAGCUUUGAGUAAACAAUAUCACUUGACUGUUGCAAAGGUAGGAUUAUGCUACCUUCCCUCCGGUAUCUGCACAUUAUGUAGUAUUGUCAUUGCUGGAAGAUAUUUGAAUUGGAAUUACAGGCGCAGAUUAAAAUAUUACCAAAAUUGGUUGGGCAAGAAGAGAUCAAAGCUUUUAGAAGAACACGACAACGACCUUAAUUUGGUGCAACGUAUCAUAGAAAAUGAUCCCAAAUACACCUUUAAUAUCUUCAAGGCGAGGUUGCAACCCGCAUUUGUUACCUUGCUUUUAAGCAGUAGCGGAUUUUGUGCGUACGGAUGGUGCAUUACUGUCAAAGCCCCUUUAGCGGCCGUUCUUUGCAUGAGUGGAUUUGCGUCGCUGUUUUCCAAUUGCAUUUUGACUUUUUCAACAACUCUAAUAGUUGAUCUUUUUCCCACGAAGACAUCUACGGCUACGGGAUGUUUAAACCUUUUCAGAUGCAUUCUAUCUGCUGUGUUUAUAGCUGCAUUGAGUAAAAUGGUAGAAAAAAUGAAAUUCGGAGGUGUUUUUACAUUUUUGGGGGCUUUAACCUCCUCGUCAUCGAUCCUCUUAUUUAUUCUCUUGAGAAAAGGUAAAGAAUUAGCCUUUAAGAGGAAAAAGCAAGAACUGGGAGUAAAUUAA